UUACACAACACCGGAAACAGACGGCUGGUGUUACAUAUAAUUUCGUCCCCCUUCUGUGUCGCCGGUUGAACAUGGCCACUGCGGUGUGUGCCAGAUUCCUCUUUCAGAGAUCAACACACGGGUUUCUCUUUUCCUCCAGGGUAGUGCCAGCUCUCUCAAGUCCGUUUCUGUCUCGUGCACAUAGAUUGGGUCCCAGCGAUGAUGAAAUGUACCAACGUACCUCGGUGUCUGUCAUGCAGAAGGAGCCGGGCAGCGGGGUCAUGAUCUACAGCUACAGCUCCAGAGGAUUCAACAUCGACGGAAACAAAGUGUUGGGGCCCUGUGCUGUGCUGCCUCCGGCAAUUCUGCAGUGGAAUGUUGGCAGUCAUAACGACAUCACAGAAGAAAGCGUCUCACUCUUCCACAUGCUUGAACCAAGAAUAGAGAUUCUUGUGCUGGGCACAGGUUCACGUGUUGAACGAAUCAACCCCUUAGUGCUCGCUCUACUCAAGCGUAAAGGCAUCGCUGUGGAGGUGCAAGACACGCCAAAUGCAUGCGCAACCUUCAACUUCAUGACCAGUGAGCGAAGAGUGGUAGCUGCUGGUCUGAUCCCGCCACCUGUCAGCACGGCGCUGUCACUGAAAGAGGAAUAAGUGUUGCUGCUGGGUCGACCGAAACCAGGACUGAUUUGUGCAGACGGAGUUUGGUGGUGUCUGAUUGACCCCAAGUGUAUGGGAGGGUUAUUCUUGUCCUGCACGAUGCUUCCAAAGGAACAAACUCAGUUUCGUGCAGCUCGAAAUUAACACUUUAUUCAGUAACAACUAUUAUAGAUAAAUGUGUUAAAAAUCAGCCUAGUCACCCUGUGAGGUGAGCAGUGAGCUGUCUUAGAAAGACUGUAAGCAAGUGUAAACAGAAACAAACAAUUACUUGUUAUUAUUUACAUGUGUUUUCUGUGGGAUAUGGAAUAUUUAUUUUUGUAAAACACGUGGAAGGGUAACUAUUGUUUGGGGUUCCAACAACUUUUUCAUUAUUGAUUAAUUUGCCGGUUAUUCUCUCAAUUAGAUGUUGGGUCUAAAAAAUGCCAAAAAAAAGCUCUUUCUCAAUAGUGAUGGUUUUUAAAUGUCUUUUUUUUCAGUCCAAACACCAAACAUGUUCAGUUUAAUAUGAUUCAAAACAGAGAAAAAUAUGAACAUGACUUUUUGUUAGAGGUUUCUUUUGAUCAACUAAAUCAUUAGUUGGCUAAUCGUUGCAACUCUACAGUGAUCUAUGCAGCAGAUAAAAGGGUUAUAAAUAAGAACAAUAAACCGUGUGUAUGAAUUCAA